UGGUCCCAAGCUGCACCCGGGAGCUGGCCACCCACUAACCCUCCCGCCCCGAGAUCUCCAGCCCCCAACUGCAGUCGCCUCCCCAGCAGUCCCGAGAUCGGCCUAGUCUGCCUGGAUCACCAUGUUUCCUCGCCCUCUGACCCCACUGGCGGUCCCAAAAGGCGCCGAGCCCCUGGGCCGCACGCCGAGGCGGGCCCAAAUGAGUAGGGCCCGUGCUGGGCUCGGGGGGCCACCCUUGCUGCUGCCGUCCAUGCUGAUGUUUGCAGUGAUCGUGGCCUCCAGCGGGCUACUGCUCAUGAUCGAGCGGGGCAUCCUAUCGGAGAUGAAACCCCUUCCCCUCCACCCUUCCAGUCACAAAGGCGCGGCCUGGCGUGGGACAGCUCCCAAGCCUGGAGGCCUAUCCUUGGAUGCUGGGGACUCGGACUUGCAAGUGCGGGAGGACGUCCGAAACCGGACCUUGAGGGCGGUGUGCGGACAACCGGGCAUGCCCCGGGACCCCUGGGACUUGCCGGUGGGACAACGGCGCACCCUACUGCGCCACAUCCUCGUAAGUGACCGCUACCGCUUUCUCUACUGCUACGUCCCCAAAGUGGCCUGCUCUAACUGGAAGCGCGUGCUGAAGGUGCUGGCGGGCGUCCUGGACAACGUGGACGUCCGCCUCAAGAUGGACCACCGCAGUGACCUGGUGUUUCUGGCAGACUUGCGGCCUGAGGAGAUUCGCUAUCGUCUGCAGCAUUACUUCAAGUUCCUGUUUGUGCGAGACCCCUUGGAACGCCUCCUGUCUGCUUACCGCAACAAGUUUGGGGAAAUCCGAGAGUAUCAGCAGCGCUAUGGAGCUGAAAUUGUCAGGCGCUACAGGGCUGGAGCUGGCCCCAGUCCUGCAGGGGACGAUGUCACCUUCCCAGAGUUCCUGAGAUACCUGGUGGAUGAGGAUCCUGAUCAUAUGAAUGAGCACUGGAUGCCUGUGUACCACCUGUGCCAACCAUGUGCUGUGCACUACGACUUUGUGGGUUCUUAUGAGAGGCUGGAGGCUGAUGCCAACCAGGUGCUCGAGUGGGUGCGAGCCCCACCCCAUGUCCGGUUCCCAGCUCGCCAGGCCUGGUACCGGCCGGCUAGCCCGGAAAGUCUGCAUUACCACCUGUGCAAUGUCCCGCGAGCCCUGCUUCAGGAUGUGCUGCCUAAGUAUAUCCUGGACUUCUCCCUCUUUGCGUACCCACUGCCCAAUGUCACCAGGGAAGCCUGUCGCCAGUGACAGUAGUGAGCCGGCAACUUUUGGAGUUUGGUUUUAAUGACAUCGGCUUCAAGGUACCUUUCAGAGAAUCCUCUGGCUCUGGGGCUUGCCAGUUUCUCUAGAUGUCUCCAUAUCUCAGUGGCUGGGACUCAGGCUGUCCUUGUCCACGGUAGGGCCAGACACAAGUGUGUUACUCAAGCCAUAUGUUUGAUCUAAAGACUGCCUCCAGGCCUCUUGCUGCUGGGCCUGUGCCGUUCACCUGGUCCAUCGGAAUGUAACCUGUGGCCAAAUCCCAAAGGUGGGACCAGCCGAGCACAUGAUCACGCCUGGGACCAAUGGCUCUGACCCCCGUUUGCUCACCCCAUGGACCUCGGGACUGGAGCGAGCUGUGGUGCCUUAUACAUGAAUUUUGAGCCUUUGUACUCCAGACUUUGAAUUCCCUACACAUUUUUCAUUUUCCCAAGGAAAGAAAAACUGGAAGUAGGGCCCUUACCUCACAGCUCUAAGAUCCAGCCCUUCAAGCAUCCAAAGACGUGUGCGCCUGACCUCUUCCUAGGGCUCUUGGAGCAUCUUCAAUAAACCUCCCUUCCCUACAAAGCCUUUGAGAUUGUGUCUUAGCCUGUGUAUCUGGCUGUCACUUGUCUAAUGCAUUUAUUUAAAAUGUGUGUGUGUAUAUACAUACAUACAUACAUACAUACAUACAUACAUACAUACAUUAUUUGUUUCUCUGUACAGCCCUGGCUGUCCUGGAAUUCACUUUGUAGAUCAGGCUGGUUUCAAACCCAGAGAUCUGCUUGCCUUUGCCUCCUGAGUGCUGGGAUUAAAGGCAUGAGUUUCUAUGCCCAGUUAAAUGUGUAUAUAUUGAUAGAAUCUUUGUAAGG